AUGGCCAAACGAUUGAGUCUCAGCUGCCUUCGUCGCCUACAACUACAAACCAGACGACCAUUUUCCACCACGAUACGCCCACAGACCGACGGUGUCUUUCGAGCCUUGACCGAGAACAGAAUCCAGACUCCUUGGAUCGAUGCGCUACGAGAGAAAGAGCGUGGUGGACACGAUCCGACAAAGCCUUCGGGCAAGCCAGAGACUCCCAAUGACCGCGACCUCUCGCCCAAGCGCAUGAGCGACAGCUACCACAGCGUUGUCCUGCCUCUCGCUCGCGAACCAUGGCUACUCGACACCUACGCCAACUCAAGCGGUCACAUUCGAUUGGGCACGCUGUUCAUGGAUCUGGAUGCAUUGAGUGGUGUCAUUGCAUACAAGCACACGGGCGAUGGAGUCACGACUGUCACGGCCGCCUGUGACCGUAUUGACAUCAAGCAUCCCCUGACAGAAAUCUCCGACCUCGAGUAUUCCGGAAAGGUUACAUACGCUACUGGUCGCUCGAGUAUGGAGAUCUCGCUACAAGUCGCAAAAGCACCGAAAGAGGGCGAGACUGUCAAACCUGAGGAUGUCCUGUUGACAUGUCAGUUCACCAUGGUAUCCCUCGAUCCCGGCACCAAGAAGCCUGUCAACAUCCCUGCCAUCGCUCCUGAGACGGACGAAGAGAAGGCCAUCUUCGCACAAGGCGAGAAGAACAGUGCCCACCGCAAACAUCUCAAAAGUCGCUCUUUGAUCAAGCAGACACCAAACGAUGAAGAGUCCGACCUCAUCCACGCCAUGUGGCAGAAGCAACUACAAUACCAUGAUCCUAUGGAUCCCGUGCGCAAACCAGACAAUGUCUUCGAAAUGGAACAGACUCGCCUGUCCACUGCUGCCAUUAUGCAACCACAAUAUCGAAACAGACACCACUUUAUGAUCUUUGGUGGCUUUCUCCUCAAGCAAACCUUCGAACUCGCCUUCUGUGCCGCCGCCAGUUUCGCUCAUUGUCGUCCCACCUUCGUCUCGCUCGAUCCCUCGACCUUCCAAAACCCUGUCCCUGUCGGCAGUGUCCUCUACCAGACAGCCACUGUCGUCUAUACAGAUCCUCCAAUCGUCUCAGGUCAAGCCGACCAACCCAACUCAGAUGGAGACAAGAAACAAAAAUACACAAGAAUCCAAGUUCGCGUGGACACAAAGGUCCGCGAUGUCGAACACGGCACCGCCAAACCGACAGGCCAGUUCAACUACACCUUCACCGUCGAACGUGACAUCAAGGUCAUGCCGAAAUCAUAUUCCGAGUUUAUGAUGUAUAUCGAUGCACGCAGAAGAGCAAUGAGGAUAAGAGAGAGCGUUGAACACGAUAACAUCGACUCUGGAGCAAAAGAUAGGGUGACAGAAUAA